AUGGAAGGCCAACAACCAGAUCAAUUCACGGUUUUGAUGACUGCCAUACAACAAUUGGCUACUUCUCAACAAAAUUUGGUAAAUGCCUUGGAGACAGGAGAAAAUACACCUACAUUUCACACCUAG